AGACAAUUUUGACGUGUCGUUUUAAUUCAUACCUGUCAUGUAUAAGAUCAAUCAAUAUUCAAAGUGGUUUGUUUUUCUGUAGAUUCUAACACAGGUAUUUGAACGAUUUUAUGUAGGUUUAAUAUUUAUGAAUUAUCGGUUAUCAGCCACGGACGUAAAAUGUUGUAUGCGGUCCAAUGAGUGUUAUACACUUUAAAAUCGGUUAUAUAUAGUGCAGGAUGGUUGAAUUGACUUUUAAGUAGUAUGUAUAUAAGGGGACAGUUAUGAUAUGGAGUGCAACUUUGACACAGUCAUGACUGGGUACGGUGACUGUAACUCAAACGGAAUGAUCAAUGGAUACAGCGACCAAAAGGAUACAAUAUUGGAUAAGGAAACUAGCUACUGGAUGAAGAAUAGACCAAAGCCUAAAAAACAUGCAGAGAAACACCGUGUGCGGUUCAAUUAUCCAGAGAAGAUAACAGACAUCUUGCUUGAAGAUGAGACACUAACAUUGUGGCGUCCAGCAAUUACCACAACACAGUAUUGUCUAAUUCCGGAGACAAUCUUAGAGGAACACUGGCCAAAUAUACUCCAAGUUUAUUAUACAAAAUUUGACUGUGUCAGCAGUGUUAUGCCCUUUGAUGAUGCGAUCAAAAUUAUUGCUCAUCAGUCAACUACUAUUUUGCCUACACAAGAUUACUCAGUACUUCGAGACUUUCCUAGAAUUCGGGGUUUAUGGUACAAACCCGACAAAUCCGAAAACAUUGGACUGACAGAUGAAUCCAGAAUUGGAAACGUAAAAUUCUCCUUUUCAUUUCCAAAAUCUGAGAAAGAAAAUUUGCUUAGUCAGUUAAAUAUGUAUUAUCUUGAAGUUAUGGACUACCAAUCAGAACACAAAUCUGUCUCCAGAUUUCUUCUGACUAAAAAUAAAUACAACAAUCUACCUCUAUACGACGUUCACAAACCUGGAGGUCCUAUUUAUGUGAGAAAGAAUGAAACAUUAGAAGGAAUUACUGAAUCUUACUUUUUCCUGAAAACAUGUCGAAAUUUCCAGGGAAAAGUAGUGGAUCACAUUGUUGAGUUCAUGCUAGAGGAAGAUCCGUGGCCGCUCUGCCAACUGUCAACUACAUCGCAUAUUCCUUUUAAAAAACCCGAGGAGUUUAUUAAUUUUGAUAGCCGAGAUUUUGGCCGUCUUCAUACUGGUUACCUUGGAGCAAACUGGGACAGAGCGAUGGCAGGAAUGUUUGUAUGGGCUCUUCAGUCUAAAGUACCGUGGCUUGUGUAUGAAAGAUUACACGAGAAUAUAAAAAGUACCGUGAAUUUAGUGGCAUGUGAAGCACCCCUAGAAGAAAUCUUCACGGCAUCUGCGCCUAUAUUGUGUAAGAGAUUACUAGAUCUUCUAGUUGAACUCUAUCCAUUUAUUGCAAAAUGUCACAAUGACCAAGACUUAGCUGAACUUUUACAAUUGUUCAAAACAAUUCACAUGUGUGAUGAUCAAUGCAUAAUGGUCAGUUUAAAGUAUGUUGACAUACCAAUAUCAAGGAUUUUGAAUUCGUACCUAGCUCUAUUAGAAAAAGUGAUUGCAUCUUGCUCCUUUUCUUUGAAACAAGCUGUGAUAUCAACUCUGCUUCCGUGGUCAAUCCUGGCGUAUCAUUACUAUGAUCACAAGAUAGACAGUUGUAGAAAAAUGGUAGCUUUCAUCAGUCAAAUUGAAGAACUGAGUUGUAAACUUUUGCCAGGUAAUGGCGAAACACGUGACUUCCUUCAUUCAGCAUCCACCGAUCUUACAGGAAGAACUUCCGGUUUUGCUUCCAUGUCGUCAUAUUAUGACGAAGAUGAGGAUGAAUCUUUACGAUAUUUGCCUUCAUGACCAUCUUCCGUUAUUUCAUUUAAUGUGGCUGUCGAGACAAUGAACAUCAUUGCUAUUUCUAAAACCAAAUGCCUUUAUUAUAGAAAAUAGGGAGUUCCAAAGGCUAAAUAUGCCAAUAAAAACCAAAUGUUACUGUUUAAUUCAAGUUAAAUUUGUACAUUGAAAUCAAUAUACCAUUAAAAGAAAAGUUCAAAAAGCAUCUA